UUCUAUGUAACGAUGACUCAGUGUACAGGCCCUUCAAUGCUCUCCCUCACGGUUCCGGUGAGCAGAAUGUCCGGCAAGGAUCACAAAUCGGCCGUUAGGUGCGUGACACGAAGCAUGCUGCUGAUAAGGCUGGUUGCAGCGAUUAUCAUCGAAUUUUAUAGUGUCGCUUACAAGUUAGGCCGAAGAAGCACUCUGAGAACUUCGCAGCAGCGUCUCGACCGCAUUCAAGAAGGUCCGUCUGCAACGAAGCUAUCUGUCAGCAGUGUUAGGCUCAAGCUCUCGGGAGAUUGCAAGAUGCCAGUAUCGCGCUGAAAGAGAAAGCAGCCGGCGGAGGGCCGUGCACGCCCCUGCAGCUGGCUUGUGGCACUCGCGAUCGGGGUGACGGGUAGUUUGACAGCCGCCGGCAGUGG